AUGUCCGCUGCUUUGGGAUUUGCAUUGGACGCUGCUGGUACCAUAGCUACGUUCGCUCUGCUUGCAGAGGGACUCACGCACCAGCAGAAGCCAAAAGUAUCUUCCCAGGUCAAGAUCGUCCUUGGUGACGGAACCGAUCUCCGCGAUGCAGGGGGCGCGGUACCUCAUAUCGCACUGUGGGAUGAAUACGGUCAUCGUAUUGGGCAACAUCACCCGGGAAAGAAGGAAAAGAUCAAGCAGGGUCAGACCAACGUGGAACCUAUCAACAUAGAACACGCGCAAACUGAACCAAAAUAUGAUGGAGUGGACCCGGGCUACAUCCUCCUUUCCCAGUCAUCUGAUGACGCGAUCUGUGUUGCUCAAAUAUCCGUUAUGGGACCGACAACUAGUGCCAGCUUCGUCGGAGAUACCGGAAAGUGGUGUGGUCAAACCUGCGGCAUUAACGCACGCGCCCUCAGCUUCCAUCUCCGUGACAUGCAGGGUGAUGAGAACAAAGCGGCUCAAUACAAUGAAGACAAAGACACUUUAUGUAAGAGUACCCCUAGGUUCUCUUUCUGGGGCAACCUUCUCCCCAAUGGUAUCAUACCUUUCUUUGAUCCCCCCUUGGAAUACGAAGACGGAAAUGGCAGGGACGUAGAUCGAAGCCGUGUCGUUGACAACCAUCAGUUCAAUAAGGGAGUUUACAUGAGUCAAAGUGCAGGAAAGAGAUCGCGCUCUACAAGGAGCAAUGUCAAGCGCGCAAACCAUGAUCCUGCACACUUAGUUAUCGCGAGUGAGGGACACAAAGCGAGUGCCCAAGAGGUUUGCGACUCGGCGACAUCAUACGGCUGGGAUAUCGUGUCUGUGGACGAAAGGCUGUUCUGUGAUAUUGAGCACAAGCAACUCUAUCCUCUUUGUAGCUCAGAUGUGUCGAGCAGUUGCUUCGACAUGGACCAGAGAACAUUACGUGGGCCUCUCGAGGCUAGAGGCGAGGAGGCUAGUUCUGAGAAGAUGAGGUUUGGCCGAUCGUAUGACUCAAUUGCUAAUUGGACGAUGACAGCUUCAUGA